AUGGCUUCACUGAGAAGGGUCAAAGUGUUGCUGGUGUUGAACUUGAUCGCCGUGGCCGGCUUCGUGCUCUUCCUGGCCAAGUGCCGGCCCAUCGCGGUGCGCAACGGAGACGCCUUCCAUGAGAUCCGGCCGCGCGCCGAGGCGGCCAACCUCAGCGCGCACAGCGCCAGCCCCAUCCAGGAUGCCGUCCUGAAACGCCUCUCGCUGCUCGAGGACAUCGUUUACCGGCAGCUGAAUGGCUUAUCCAAAUCCCUCGGGCUCAUUGAAGGCUACGGUGGGCGGGGCAAAGGGGGCUUACCUGCCACCCUUUCCCCAGCUGAAGAGGAGAAAGCCAGGGGACCCCAUGAGAAGUAUGGCUACAAUUCCUACCUCAGUGAAAAAAUUUCACUGGAUCGUUCCAUACCGGAUUAUCGUCCCACCAAGUGCAAGGAGCUCAAGUACUCCAAGGAGCUGCCCCAGAUCUCCAUCAUCUUCAUCUUCGUGAACGAGGCCCUGUCGGUGAUUCUGCGCUCCGUGCACAGUGCCGUUAACCACACGCCAACGCACCUGCUGAAGGAGAUCAUCCUGGUGGAUGACAACAGCGACGAAGAGGAGCUGAAAGCCCCCUUGGAAGAGUACGUCCACAAACGCUACCCCGGGCUGGUGAAGGUGGUGCGUAACCAGAAGAGAGAGGGCCUGAUCCGAGCCCGCAUCGAGGGCUGGAAGGUGGCCACUGGCCAAGUCACUGGCUUCUUUGAUGCCCACGUGGAAUUCACCGCUGGCUGGGCGGAGCCCGUUCUGUCUCGCAUCCAGGAAAACCGGAAGCGUGUGAUCCUGCCUUCCAUCGACAACAUCAAGCAGGACGACUUUGAGGUGCAGCGGUAUGAGAACUCGGCGCACGGGUACAGCUGGGAGCUGUGGUGCAUGUACAUCAGCCCCCCGAAGGACUGGUGGGACGCCGGAGACCCUUCCCUCCCCAUCAGGACACCUGCCAUGAUUGGCUGCUCGUUCGUGGUCAACAGGAAGUUCUUCGGGGAGAUCGGUCUCCUGGAUCCUGGGAUGGAUGUGUACGGAGGAGAGAACAUUGAACUUGGCAUCAAGGUGUGGCUGUGCGGAGGCAGCAUGGAGGUCCUGCCUUGCUCACGGGUGGCCCACAUCGAGCGCAAGAAGAAGCCAUACAACAGCAACAUCGGCUUCUACACCAAGAGGAACGCCCUCCGGGUGGCUGAGGUCUGGAUGGACGACUACAAGUCUCACGUGUACAUCGCGUGGAACCUGCCGCUGGAGAAUCCAGGGAUCGACAUCGGCGACGUCUCCGAAAGAAGAGCAUUAAGGAAGAGCUUGAAGUGUAAGAACUUCCAGUGGUACCUGGACCACGUGUACCCAGAAAUGAGAAGAUACAACAACACCAUUGCAUACGGGGAGCUUCGCAACAACAAGGCGAAAGAUGUGUGCUUGGACCAGGGGCCGCUGGAGAACCACACAGCAAUACUGUACCCGUGCCAUGGCUGGGGACCACAGCUCGCCCGCUACACCAAGGAAGGCUUCCUACACUUGGGCGCUCUGGGGACCACCACGCUGCUUCCCGACACCCGCUGCCUGGUGGACAACUCCAAGAGUCGUUUGCCCCAGCUCCUGGACUGCGACAAGGUCAAGAGCAGCCUGUACAAGCGCUGGAACUUCAUCCAGAACGGAGCCAUCAUGAAUAAAGGCACAGGGCGCUGCCUGGAGGUGGAGAACCGGGGCCUGGCUGGCAUUGACCUUAUCCUCCGCAGCUGCACGGGGCAGAGGUGGACAAUUAAAAACUCCAUCAAGUAGCAGGAAAGGAGCAGCUGGGGCGCCCGGAGUGUGGCUCCCAGGACAGGGUCCUUCUGUCCUCAGCACCAGCCACCCCAGCAACGCCAGGCCAACAGGUGCUCAGAGGCCUCCGGGGGCAUCUCCAAGGGCAGCAGGGGACCCAGGAUGGAGACUCUGUGGCUCUCUCAGGCAUCCAGCUGCCCUGAAGCUUGUGCACCACCCCCACCUGGAAAAGCUCCCACCCAAGCCCUCCCUAGGAAGCCGGGAGUGAAUGUGGGUCCCACAGCCAGAGGCGAGACUGUGCACAACUCCUCUGUCAUCUCCCAGCCCGUGUCAGGGUCAGGACCUGGCGAGGGUGCCUGCUUUCCCUCGUCCCUGCAACAGCAGCCUCUGAUUCCACCCAGGCCUCAGCGUGAUGAGAGGCAGCGAGGCCCCAGACUCAGUUUCCCCUGAGGUUGCUUUGGCCUAGACACCCAUUCACACCCCCAAGGCAGCUGCCGCCCCCAAACCUUCCCAUAGCAGGCUGGCUUUGGGGGCUGCACCUCUGGACUUUGGUAGGUGGGGGACCCUUCCUGAGAUGGCGUGGAAAGAGCUGAUGGCCUCCAUUCCUGGUCAUGUGGGCACUGGGCUCAGGCCAGCAAGCUCACUUGUGUCUGGAAGGAUCCAGAAAUCAACGGGAACUGAGCACGCAAGGGGGUCUCAGCUGCUGGGGCCCUGCACGUUGGAGGCAGGCCAGUGCCGGUGCAGGUCAGCCUGCUGGACUCCUAGAGGCUGCCCAAGGAGCAGCAAAGGCCUGCGCUUGCAACAUAGGGGCUGGAGCCUGCACAGCAGGGGGCGCCAGGAACCUCAAAGAUGCUUCCUAACCCCUCUGCCCCUUGCACCCCAGCCCUGCUGGCACCAGGGGGCAAUGCAAUCAUUUCCUCUCUUCAGAGUCACAAUCGUUUUCCGAUUGCCCUCUGGUGAGGGUGCACCUGUAAAUCAGAGUUAAUAUAUGGACGCGUGUGCACGCACAGGAGUGUGUGUGCCUGUGUGCUGUGCGUGCCCGGGCGUGUGCUCAUAUAUCUGCGGUGUGUGUGUGUGUGUGUGCGCGUAUGCUGGAACAGAUGUGUCUGUGGCCUUGACCUUAUCGCUUAAUUGCUCGCCUGAAUGGGGAACAGAGAGGCACGUGGUGUUGGCCCACGUCCCUGGCUCACUCUCCAGGGGGACGUGACUCAGCCUCACCCUGGGGCUGCCCCAGACGGACAGCUGUCCCUUCUGCCAGUUCCCAUCUCUGCCCCUUGCUGUCCCCCGGCCAACUCCUGCCCAGAACCAAACCCUGUGUUUGCCCAGUGUGGGGUUCCCAGUGUCUCAUUUGGUGGCAUCUUAUUGGUGAUCAUCCCCUCCCCCCAUCUCCCACCUUGUGAAAUAAAUAUAUGUUUGCA